CCAUGAAGAAGAAAAUAACCCCGGAUGUUAGAGGAGCGGGAGAUUAAACAAUACAUUAAACAACAUCGUUAAGACUUUUUAGCGUUUGCUUCAUUCUGAACAACAGCCGAAAUGUUGAAAAAGCCACCGAAAUUGCAACAUACCAUUAAAUCGAAAGCGAAAGGACACAUAAAGAUGAGGCCCGCGUCGAUCGCGAUGGCUGAACUUUUGACACUGGUGUUCCUGAGCAGCCUGGCUGAAGAGGCAGCGGCCAAAGCGUUUGAGGAGAAAUCUUCCACGAUAAAAGCUCAUCAUGUUAAAGCGGUGUCUAAGAAAGUUCUGAAAAAGGCACGAGGAUGAAGACAACCAGGACCAUUGCUCAAAUUGCACUUUUUAUUCCAUUUAAGUUUUUUCCUCUACAUUUAUACAUUUUUACUGGUUUUAGUUCAUUUCUUUGAAACAGUCUGUACCUGUGUUGUUUUUUUUAUUUCUAUUAAACCUCUGAAAUCUU